ACAAAAUGUUAUAACAUUCCAAUUUCCGCGCUUCCCAGGCCGAACUACUCUAGCAAUUUGUCUCCUUUUUAUAUACCAUUUGUACGAAAAUUGCUCGCCAUAUUUGUUUUCCUAUUCCACUGCUAUUUGCCGGUCACGUUUGCGCGAAUUACUGUACCAUACAAGGCCCAGCUUAUUCUUGAUAACCUGAUAGCGAUAAUAUAGCGUUCGAUCAUGGCAGGCAAACAUAAGGCCGCUGCGGCAUUCUUUGCGAAUCCAUCUACCCUCUCCAAAUCAACCUCCACAACCUCAACAUCAUCAGGUCGGCAAGCAAGAUUACAAAAGAUAGCCGCACACAUGUCUCAACCACAGACUACCAACUUCCCCCAGGAUGCCGUCCCCCAGGCUCCUGAAGAUCCGCUAUUCGGAUUGAUGGCCGCUUAUCGGGCUGACACCUUUGACAAGAAGGCCGACCUGGGAAUUGGCGCAUACAGAGACGAUAACGCGAAACCUUGGGUUCUGCCAGUCGUCAAGAAGGCGGAUGAGAUUCUCAGAAAUGACCUCGCACUCAACCACGAAUACCUCCCCAUUGCUGGACUCCCCGACUUCACAUCCGCUGCUGCCAAAGUUAUGCUUGGAGCUGAUAGCCCAGCUAUCAAGGAGAAGCGUGUCACAUCGGUGCAAACAAUUUCGGGAACCGGCGCUUGCCACCUGGGAGGAAUGUUCCUCUCGCGCUUCUACAAGCCGAAACCCACCAUCUACCUUUCCAACCCAACAUGGGCCAACCACAACCAAAUCUUCACCAAUGCCGGUCUUUCAAUCGCCCAAUACCCAUAUUUCUCUGCAUCGACCAAGGGCCUCGAUUUCGAUGGCAUGAAGAAGACGCUACAAGAAGCACCGGACCGCGCCGUCAUCCUUCUCCACGCCUGCGCUCACAACCCCACGGGCGUGGACCCCACCCAGGAGCAAUGGAAGGAGAUCGCAUCCAUCAUGCGCGCCAAGAAACAAUUCCCUUUCUUCGACUCGGCUUACCAGGGCUUCGCUUCAGGUGACCUCGCCAAGGACGCCUGGGCCGUCCGCUACUUCGUCGAGCAGGGAUUCGAGAUGUGUCUCGCUCAGUCCUUCGCCAAGAACCUUGGUCUCUACGGCGAGCGCGCGGGAUGCUUCCACUUCAUCACCAGCCCUGCUUCUGAUGCCACAGAGACCAUCUCCCGCAUCGCCUCGCAGCUGGCCAUCCUCCAGCGCUCUGAGAUCUCGAACCCGCCCGCGUACGGCGCGCGUAUCGCUAGCACGAUCCUCAACGAUGCUGGGCUCUUCUCGCAAUGGGAGGAGGACCUGCGGACGAUGAGCGGGCGUAUCGAGGAGAUGCGCAAGGCGCUGCGUGGAAAGCUCGAGGAGCUGGGCACACCGGGGACCUGGUCGCACAUCACAGAGCAGAUCGGCAUGUUCUCCUUUACUGGCCUGACGGAGGCGCAGGUGCUGAAGAUCCGCAAGGAUGCGCACGUGUAUAUGACGAAGAAUGGACGCAUUAGCAUGGCGGGUCUGAAUACGGGCAAUGUCGAGUACGUUGCGCGGGCGGUGGAUAAGGUCGUGCGCGAGACGGCGAAGCUGUAAAGCUUGUAAAUAGAAACAAGGGCGAGGUCUGAUGAGGAUUGGAUAAAAGAGUUAUGUUUAGAUGAUAUGGUGUCGAUCGCCAUUUUCUUGGGUAUUAAAAGAUAGACAUUUCUCAAAUUCUACUCAACCGGUUUAUUCACCGC